AUGAAGGAAGAGUCCCCAGGAUUGCCCCUGCCAGACGCAGAGACAAUUGCACAGCGCCUGCGACAAGACCAACAAGCCUGCAGGGAGAGAAAAGUGCCUAGCAAUCUAGCAAUCCAACUAUCUUCUGUUACAGACGAUAUAUUUGAUAAAAUAGCCUGGCAUCUCCACCCAAACAGCGAAGUGUCGAAAGCAUUGCGGUCGACUAGGUGCAACAGCAUUGUCAAAGGCAUCAAGGCCUACCUAGGCCAAUUGGAAGCGAUGACCAAAUCUGAGGAACAUACGUCCAUGGAUAGUAUGCAUGUCCCUACAUCACACGAGUUGGAAACGACCCUCAAAGUGCUGGACUAUCUUCAAAAGCACAAAGUGGUUCCUCCAACAGACCCUUUAUCUGAGGCUAUUCUAGUCUUGCGGGGUCAACUCUCCAUGGACGACAACACUCGAUACAAACAACACGAACAAUUUCGGAGAGACGACACACCAAGACCCUCAGACGUGAAGAAGAGAUGCUACAUCUGUCGGUACCGCUUCUCGCCCAAUGAUUCCCACGAACUAUACCCGGCACUAUGUCGCCAAUGCGGCAUGUUUAAUAUCGGCUGCUCGAACCUCUCCCUACCAGAAAAUCUAAACCUCACUGGUAAAAUUGCACUCGUCACUGGGGGGAGAAUAAACCUGGGUUACUCCACUGCGUUGAGACUCCUCCGUUGUGGAGCCAAAGUCAUCGUAUCCUCACGGUAUCCAGCCGAUGCCGCAGUUCGAUAUUCCACCGAACCGGACUUCGCUCAAUGGGAGGAACGACUGAAAGUAGUUGGCGCAGACUUCAGAACAGCAAAUGAUGCUUUCAGGCUGGUACAUAUUGUCAAGCAAUUACUAUGUGCUUGGGAUGGCGAGACUCCAUCUGAUACACCACGAUCCCUGGAUAUACUUAUCAACAACGCCGCGCAAACCCUCACGGAUCCAAUCAAAGGAGAAAUAAAAGCCAUUCUCAGAGAGGACUAUCUAAAAGACCAUCCACAGGCCAUGUCUCUACUCGCAGAAUCCGAGAAAGACAGAUACACACCCCGUGUAAGAGGAGGACAGCAAGCAACCUGGAUCCCACGCAUUACGGACGAAACCCAACUUGAAAUUGAAGAUGCAAGCAAUACCCAAUCUACAAACCAAAUAGCUACAAAAGGCCUCCGAACGCCAACCGACAAUGGAGAUGAAGAGCCCUCAAAAUCAUCCUGGGUCCAAUCCCUCCACGAAAUCCCUUACUCAGAUCUAAUAAGCGCCCACUCCGUCAACGCCUUCGUGCCACUAAUCCUCUGCCGUGAACUCCUCCCAGUUAUGGGCUCUCCACGCUCCUCCUCCUCCUCACCAUCCACACCAGCAGGAUACAUAAUAAACGUCUCAUCCCGCGAAGGAAUACUGGAAGAUACACCGCAAUCACGGAGCAAAGCCGGACACCACGUACACACGAAUAUGUCCAAAGCAGGGAUCAACAUGAUAACAGAGACAGAAGCACAAGCUGCGUGGAAGGGACGGCGUGUCGCUAUGAAUUCUGUUGAUCCGGGGUAUAUGAGUGCUGCACCGGAGUGCCGGACUGUGGAAGGGUGUCCGAUUGGUUUUGAGGAUGGUGCUGCGAGGGUUCUGUGGCCUAUUGCUGUUGGGGAGGUCGAGGAAAGAGUCGUUUGGGGGAGGUUUUUGAAGCAUUUUCGGGUCGGGGUUGCCAUUACACAGAGAGGGUAG